AUGAAUGUCGAAAGGUUAUUCAAAGAGGAGCUGGAGUAUGAAUUAAAAAUUCGUGGAAUUACCGGAAUAAAUACAGUGGACGAAAUGAGGAAAAAAUUACGAACUAUUUUGAAAUUAGAGACUACGGGGAAAUAUGUCCCUCCUGUCGUAGAACUUCCUUCAGCAUCUGAAUUAUUAGUUUGUGAGGAAAAACUUACAAUAAUCGGGAAAAAAAUAUUUUCGAUAUCACCCACUAGUUCCGCUGACGAAAUUGAUAAGAUCGACACCGGAUUGCUACAUCUAAUUAAUAGACUGAACCAAAUAACGACCACAGAUGCUACCGAAAUAGGAAAGAAAUCAGAGGCUGUUCCAAAAUGUCUAGGUCUCUUUGAAGAAUUUGUAAAGAAAUUAGAAAACCAGAAUAAGAAUGUUAAAGAGCAGAAUCCCGAAGAUUCACAACAACGGAAUAUUGCAAAAGGGAUAAAUGAUGAAUCAGCCGAAAAUAUUCAAAGACUUACAAAAGCUGUUCAUGAGGAUGUAGGCAUAAUGAUGAUAGAUUAUGCGAAGAAAUAA